GCAAGAGGACAGUUUUUGAAACAGCUGGAGGAAGGAGCCACUGCCCACCAGAGCAAGCAGAAGCUGAAUAUUUUCAUGGUACCCAGAACCAGCCAUGGGUCAAGGUCUGAGCAUCCAAAAAUGUGACUUCAUGAUCCCAGAGAACAACAAAAAUCACCACACGGAAGAAAUCAGCACUGGAAGGCUCAUAGUGAGGAGGGGACAGCCAUUCACCAUCACUGUCAGCUUCUCAGCUCCAGUACACAACUACCUGCAGCAGAUGAAGAAGACCUUCCUCAUUGUACAGACAGGACCACAUUCUUCCAGAGCAGAUGAAAUCCAGAUUGAAUUUCCCAUCUCCAGCCUGGGAGACCAGAAGCAGUGGAGUGCAGCAGUGGAGGAACAGGACCCAAACUCCUGGACCCUGUGUUUGACCACCCCUGCCAAUGCCUCCAUUGGCCAGUACACCCUGCUUUUACGUGCCUCCAGAUCCACUCAAUUCCUGGGCAACUUCACCCUCCUCUUUAAUCCCUGGUGCCGAGAUGAUGUGGUGUUCUUGCCUAAUGAGGCACAGCGGCAGGAGUACAUCUUAAACCAAGAUGGCAUCAUCUACCAGGGGGCUGAAAAUGCAAUCCUAGCCCAACCCUGGGACUUCAGUCAGUUUGAGGAGGAUAUGGUUGACAUCUGCUUCAUACUGCUGGCUCAAGGGGAGCGCUCGCAAAGAGAAACUGAUCCUGCCCAGCGCAAAAACCCCGUCCAUGUCUGCAGAGCAGUUGCUGCCAUGCUGAACUGCAACGAGCUUAGAAUCCUGACAGAAUAUGAGCCUGGGCAACACAAUGGAACACCCCCUUCCAAGUGGCUGGGAAGCAGCCCCAUCCUCCAGCAGUGGAUUGCAACAAAAUUCCAGCCAGUCCGCUAUGGGAGCUGCUGGGUGUUUGCUGCAGUCCUGUGUUCAGUUCUGAGGUGCCUGGGAAUUCCUACCAGGGUGGUCACUGGCUUUACGUGGGCUCACAACACCAAGAGCAGCCUGAGUGUGGAUGAGUAUUAUGAUGAAGAUGGGACACUGCUUACACAGGACGAUAGUGCUUGUCUCUGGACCUUCCAUGUCUGGAAUGAAUGCUGGAUGGCUCGGACAGACUUGCCACCACAGUACAGUGGGUGGCAGGCACUGGAUGCCACCUGCCAGGAAAAAAGCGAAGGUCUAUCCUUCUGUGGGCCAGCCCCUGUUCAUGCCAUCAAGGAAGGGGACACCCAAGUUGAUUAUGAUGUCUGCUACUUCUUUGCUGCCAUCAAUGCCAAGUGUCAUGUCUGGAUACACAAGGCAGAUGACACCCUCAAGCAAGCUUUUGGUGGCACAAAAUACACUGGUAACAACAUCAGCACCAAGGGUGUUGGCAGUGAACGCUGUGAGGACAUCACACAAAACUACAAAUAUCCUGAAGGUUCUCUCCAGGAAAAAAAGGUACUUGACAAAGCCUACAGAAAUAUGAAGGAACUUGAGACAACUAGCAUCAGCAGUACACAGUUUAUUUUCACUCCUACUGCUGUGGAAGAGCCAGUCAACAUUUUCAUCCAACUCCAGUCAAGUAGUUCUUUGCAACUGGGACAAGAUAUUACACUUUCCAUUGAAGUGUUUAACCAUAGUGGUAGAGAAAAGACUACUCAUCUGGUACUUGGGAUCCAGGCUCUGCACUAUAAUGGUGUGCCCAUUGCCCAACUUUGGAAGGAAGAGUUUCACUUUAACCUCCAAAGUGAUUCAGUCAAUAACCUGCAGGUCUCUGUGCCUUACACAUGGUUUGUAAGAGAACUGGGAGAGUACCACCUGCUCAGGCUGACUGCUGUGCUGAGAGACGAGGACUCCUCCUACAUGUACCUGGCACAGGAAGAAAUCAGCAUUUGUGAUUGCCCUCUCACCAUUGAGUUCCCAGAAAACACAGUCCAGUAUCAGCCAAGCACAGCAAGGAUCAGUCUCCAGAACCCCCUCAUGGAACCCCUGGAGCAAUGUGUGAUAACAGUCACAGGGCAAGGGCUCAUUCACAGACAAAGGAACUACAGGCUGGGCUCUGUGCAAGCUAAAAGCACUCAAGAGCUGGAAUUCCUCUUCACCCCCACCCGAGCAGGGCCCAGAAGACUCACUGCACGUCUCACCUGCCUCCAGCUCCAGAACCUGAAGAGCUACAGAACAAUCAACAUUGCAGCUGCCUGAGGCCCAACUCAGAACAGGUCCUGCUGUCCUGCUUACAAAAGAGUGGCCUGACCAUAGACAAGCAUAGAUGUUAACAGUUUAAUAAAAGUUAUAUUCAAAUCA